UGUUACGGUUGUUAUCCUGGGGUGCCAUUCCCAGCAGGUGAUCCCACCCCUCUACUCACCCCUGGUGAGGCCACAUCUGGAGUGCUGUGUCCGGGUCUGGGCUCCUCAGGGCAAGAGCGACAUGGAGCUAUUGGGGCAGGUCCAUUGCAGGGCAACAAAGAUGAUUAAGGGACUGGAGCAUCUCUGUUACGAGGAAAGGCUGAGGGAACUGUGCCUGUUCAGCCUCAAGAAGAGCAGACUGGGAGGGGACCUCAUCUGUGUUUGUCAGUAUCUGAAGGAGUGCCAGGAGGACAGAGCCAGGUGCUCCUUGGUGAUGUCGAGCAGUAGAACAAGAGGCAAUGGCAGAAACUGAUGCCCUGGAAGUUCCACCUGAACAGGAGGAAUUGCUUCUUUACUGUGCAGUGACCGUGCACUGGAACAGAUUGCCCAGAGAGGUUGUGGAGUCUCCCUCACUGGAUUAUCCAGAACUAUCUGGACACAGUCCUGUGCCAUGUACUCAGGGAUGGCCCUGCCUGAGCAAGGAGGUUGGACUAGUUGACCCACUGUGGUCCCUUCCAGCCUGACCCCUUCUGUGAUUCUUAUGCUGUGCUUUGAUGCUGAGCCAUGACAUAGAUUGGGAAACCUGCCAGGCAGGCAUGGAGCAUGAAAACCUUGAGCAUGCUGGGCUCUCAAGCUCUACACAGUGCUCUGGGGAAUGGUCAGGGCUGUGCCUUUUCUCCAUGUAAGUCAGGUACCCUGUAGGAGUGGACAGGAGAUGCUGCAGCCUGAAGGGAGACAAAACAGAGAAGGUGGUGUCCGAGAGAGGGUUACAGGACUCAGUGUUGUGGGUUAUGUGAUUUUUUUCCUCAGCAAGUCAGCUGAUGGCUUGUUAUGAGGUUGUGGGUGUUUUGUACUAUUCCAGGUACUGACUGGUUACAGUGGACUAUCAGCUAAUUCAGAGAACACCCCAGAUUAUAAAAAAUGUAACUCCCAGUCCCUCAGGGUCACCACCUGGAGUACCAUGCUACCUGGAGUACCAUGGAUUAUGGAUUGCCUUUAAAUUGCACGAGUGUUUGUUUCUCACUCCCAGGGUGAGAAAGCGGUGCUGUUGUGAUGAUUUGUCAAAUAAAAACCACAUUGUCAGUGUUUACAAGUGAACCCAAAUGCUGUUGUGAUAAUUAUAUUUAUUGUAUUAAUCUUUUUCUGUGUUAAAAAUAAAGAAUGAGUCGGCCAACAGUAAAAAGACCACAGGGCUGCUAGACCUUGCUGUACACGUGAAGAAGGGCUGCUGAUGGACACAGGGAACAUUUUGGAUCCACAUCCAGCAGCGAUGGUCAUUGUACAAUGGCUGCAGUAGCCCAGAAGCACUUUUUGGAGGGGCAAACAUACUCAGUCCCCCUGAUCCAACCGGACUUACGCAGGGAGGAGGCUGUUCAGCAGGUGGCAGAUGCACUUCAGUACCUGCAAAAGGUGUCUGGUGAUAUAUUCAACAGGAUCUCCCAGCGGGUGGAGGCCAGCCGGGCACAGCUUCAGGCAAUUGGUGAGAGAGUCACACUCGCCCAAGCGAAGAUUGAGAAGAUAAAGGGCAGCAAAAAGGCUAUUAAGGUAUUUUCCAGUGCCAAGUACCCAGCCCCUGAACGGCUGCAGGAGUACAGUUCAAUUUUUGCUGGUGCAGAAGACCCAGCUAAACAGAAAGGGCCAAGGCACAAGAUUCAGAGCAAACAUCGAAUGCUGGAUGAGAAAGCUCUGCAGGAAAAGCUCAAGUAUUUCCCCGUGUGCGUGAGCACCAAAAUUCACCAGGAGGAUGAUGCAGAAGAAGGCCUUGGCAGCCUUCCCAGGAACAUCAGCUCCCUCAGCUCCCUGCUACUCUUCAAUACCACCGAGAACCUGUACAAGAAGUAUGUUUUCCUGGAUCCUCUGGCUGGAGCAGUGACCAAGACCCAUGUGGCUCUGGAAACAGAGACAGAAGAGAAGCUCUUUGAUGCUCCUCUCUCCAUCACCAAAAGGGGACAGCUGGACCGACAGGUAGCUGAAAAUUACUUCUAUGUGCCAGAUCUGGGCCAGGUCCCUGAGAUUGAUGUGCCAUCCUACCUGCCAGACCUGCCUGGCAUCGCUGCAGAUCUCAUGUACAGCGCUGACCUGGGCCCUGGCAUCGCACCGUCUGCCCCCAGCAGUGCUAUUCCAGAGCUGCCCACCUUCAACACUGAGUUGGUGGAGCCUUUGCAACCAGAUCUUCAAGAUGCUGAACUAUUGCCACCUCCUCCCCCUCCGCCUCCCCCGCCGCCUCCUGUUGUGCCAACCACUGUGCCUCCUCCGCCGCCCCUGCCCCAGCCCACGGCCCCCUUGGAGCCAGCCCGGACAGCAAACGAGGAGAGCAGCAACACAGUGCCUGCAGCUUCUGUCCAGGGAGCCCCAAAGGAGGUGGUGAACCCCUCUACUGGGCGUGCCAGUCUCCUGGAGUCCAUCCGCCAGGCCGGUGGCAUUGGGAAGGCCAACCUCCGCAGUGUCAAGGAGAGGAAGCUGGAGAAAAAGAAACAGAAGGAACAGGAACAAGUGAGAGCUACGGGACAAGGUGGAGAUUUGAUGUCAGACCUCUUCAAUAAACUGGUGCUGAGGCGCAAAGGUAUUUCAGGGAAAGGGCCAGGAGCCUCUGGGAAUGCCAAUGCUCCAGGCAGUCCUGCUGGUGCCUUUGCUCGCAUGUCGGACUCAAUUCCACCCCUCCCACCCCCACAGCAGCCCGUGGGUGAGGAGGAUGAGGAUGACUGGGAGUCAUAGGUGGGGUCAGUUGAGCAUUAGUGUCAAUCUGCUGCUGUCUGAAAAUUUUAAUAAAGUUAAAGGAAGCAGGUCCUUCCACCUUCAUUUUGGUAAAAGGGGGAAGUGUCAUCAAUUAAGGGUGUGGAAAGGGAAAGCCCAGCUGUCCACGCAUGGCUGGUGGGGACCAGCCUUACAGCACAGCAUCACAAGCCACAAGCCAGAGGGCACCAGCUGCUAGAAGCAGGUGCCCCCCCUCCCUCUUUCACUGGGGUGAAGGCAGAGCUUGUGCAGGGUUGGUACCCUCUGAAGGGGCAGGAGACUCACAAUGGAAGUUUCUCAUAGGCAGCUCUUUCUUUCCCUGUGGGGCUAAUUAACAUACAGGGAGUGGGUAACAGCUCUUCUGUCAUAAUUAUAAGUACUUUCUUCAUUGUGAAGAGCCUUGAGAGGUAGCAUCCAGCUGCUGAAACUGGCAGAGAGGAAAAGGAAGCUCCUGGGAAGAAACUUGCUCAGGAUGACAGAACAAGCUGGGGCCGGCUGUGGGAUGACCUAGCUGUCCCUGUUGUUAUUGCUGCCCUCCAGCACUGAUCUAUAACCUUGGAAAGAACCCCAGGAAUGUUAACCUAAAAAAGUUACUUUUAAUUGAAAAACUUAAGCAGUAGAAAGAACAAAGCAGCCCUGUGCCUAAGCAUGAUCAAAGGAGAAGUGCUAUAUUAUGGCCAUAUCCUUAUUCCCCUGGAAAGAACGAACCGCUCCUUGAAUCUACUGACAGCUUGAAGCAAGAGGAUAAGAAAUGUUACCCAUAGCUGCCUUGUGGCUUACCACUCCAGCUGUGUGUUAUUCCAACAGGACACAAACUAGUGGCCUGCUAGUUUACAAUUCCUGUGAAAAGCUCUAUGUUGUCAUUGACCAUCAGGCCUCCUACAUGUGGUGGUUGAUGGGAAAAAACAGAUGUAUUCAGUGAAAAUAAUUAUACUCCCCA